GGCUGACUGUGAGUGUGCUGUAAUUGGAGUAUUGGCGGCACCAGUAGUAUCACUGUUAGGAAAUGUCAGUGUAUUUGAUGGUUGGAUAGCCUUAGGGGUGGUUUACAUAGGUUUACAUCUUGUGUUAGAUUUGUUUGCAGAGAAAACAAGUGUUUUGUUGUAUUAGUUUAGUUGAUGUCAUAUGUAUUACAGUCUAUUAUAUUCAAUGUUAUGUAUGUUUGCAAUGAUUUAGUUAUGACUUAACGCCUCAAACCAGUGUCCGUCCAUUUGUUUGAUUAAAUGAUACAAUAAAUUGUGAUAUUUAGUGACCAAAUUAGUGAUAUCGACAGCAACACAAUGUACAGAAGGGCCUCAUCUCACCACAACUUCAAGAGGACAUCAACUCCUUCAGCACAACAACAGGCAAAAGAGUUGUUCCGUAUGAGUCCAACCAAUGGCACGAAUGGGUCGAGUCCUAUGAGCUCUUUAAGCUGUGAAUCAGAUGAUAUGACCAAUGAUGGUAUUACUCUUGAAGAAGGAGUUAUAAAUCUAUCGCAAAAAAUCCAGUCAUUACAAGAUCAGGUCAACUACUUGUCUGAGGGACAGAUCAGUAAUGAAGACCGAUAUACUCGUGUCAAACAAGAAAACCAAAACCUAUUAACUAAGAUUCACUCAUUGGAAGAACAGUUGAGAGAUAUUGAGAUUCAAAGUGACGAACGACGUGAAGAAGAAGAACAUCGAUAUCGGGAUUUAAUGGCCAGACAUGAGAGGGAAAGAUCUCAAGAGAGCGAACAGUAUUUGAAUCGUAUCUAUAGUUUACAACAAGAGUUACUCGAAGCUAAAGAAGAGUCGAAAAAUUACAAAUCGAUUGUCGAAAGACUUCAAAACGCCAAAACAGAACUCGAAGAACUAAUUAAUGAUAAGACUAUUGAAAUCGAGGCCUUAAUACUUGAAAUAACUAAACUUAGAGAUGUUGUCCACAAACGUGAAGAUGAAAAUAAUGUUAACUCCAGAUUAAUUGAAGUCUUAAAUCAAGAGUUAUGUGAUAUGAAAGCACCGAAACUCGUGGAAACAAAGAAGACGAGAACAAUGUCUUCAAGCGAUGACAUCGAUAUGCUCUACAACUCAGAAAUUGAUAGACAAUUAAAGGAACUUAAAGAAGAAAAUAGAGGACUUAGAGAGGCUAAUGAAGAACUUUCGGCGCUUCUACUCAACAAUGGAUUAGAAGAGGGAAGAAAUCUUUUACGACAGGGAGAAGUGGCCUCAAGUUUAGCUACAGAAUUGGGAAAUUACAAUUCAGAUCAGGUUUGUAAUGAUAUAUUUGAUUUGCCAAACAAAACAUUAGACCUAACAUUUGAUGUACAGUUAAGAGUAGCUCUUAAGGAACAGCAAGAAGUCAAUGUUAAGCUAAGGGCAUAUAUCGAUGGAAUACUACUGAAUAUUGUUGAGAAUUAUCCACAACUUCUUGAAGUCAAGAAUAAAUGAUUGUCUAAAAGACUAUUUGAAUCUAAUUUGUUACCACUUAUUGUAUUAGAAGUUAUCUAUGCAUACGAUUCCGUCCUAAACACCGAUAAUGUGAUCAUUAUAUAAGUGAAACAAAGCCUAAAAUAAGAUAUUUAAACGAAUU